AUGCCGGAAACCUGGCUUAACCGCGUUGAUGAAAUUGUGUCUCACUAUUUCAUGAGCUUCAAUGGUACUGGACCAGAGUCUCGCAGCACACUGACGCACUGGUUCGAGCAACCUUUGAAGAGCCCAUUGAUCCUCCUUUCAUAUUCCCUGCUCUAUUGUGCACACCGCGAUCUCAUAGGCGGGAUCAUCGGCAAUGACGAUCACUACUUCAAGGCUCGCAAUCUACAAUUCAUCAAUGCAGCCCUCGAGAACAGGACCACUGCCUUGGCCGAUGAGACUAUCAUGGCUGUUGUUAGCAUGGCUAUGUAUGAGAACCUUCGAGGUAGCGAUCAAGUCAUAACGCAUGAACGAGGCCUCGGUCAGAUGUUCGACAUGCGAGGGGGCAUCGGAAAGUUCAUGUUAGAGGAAGGCUUCUACAUUGGUAAUUUCGCCUUACUUGUCGAUAUGAUGUACUCUUCAUGCUCCAAUAAACAUCCACUGCUCAUGGAAGUUCAGGGACCGAUAUUGAGAGACAUACAUGUGGGUAUCCGAAAGACAUACUUCCCGCAUUCACCGCUUCGAGUCGUGAACACUCCCGAGUUUAAUGGAAAAGUCCCGAUCGAAGAACUACGAACCAGUCUCGAUGUCCUCAGAGAUGCUUUCGAUGGCUUCGAAAUGCUUUGUGUCGAGGCAUUCGACCCGGAAACCGCGGCCUUUGAGGCACCACGGUUUCGGCUUCGACGCGAUAAAUUCUGGGCGCGACUACAGGCGUACGAUACGACAGAAACCGAACCAUGGACGCUUACAACGGAAGGCAAGGUCAAGGAGGCCAUACGAAUAGCCGGAACGAUUCACUAUUGCGCAGUAGUGUCGCUAAUCCAGCAUGACGACGAACUUAAUUCACAUUUCGUAGACCGACUGCUCGAAAUCCUCAAGAGUCUUCAACUUGACUUUUGGAAGACAGCACCAUACCUGUACCUGUGGAUGUACGUUUAG